CCCAUACGUAACGUCAUAAACCCGCGACGCCCAGCCCGUUUCACACCGACGCACGUUACAGGUGUGAAUGUUGUCAAAAUACCUUAUAAACUGUGUGUUUAGUGUCCACGAUGGCCUCUAAACGAAGACAGGACGAGUGCAGCAAAACAGACAAGAAGAAAAAGCAGAAGAGAUGUGAAGAAACCGCAGAACUUGGUUCAGUUGUGGAGGACGAGCGGGUGAAGAGUGCGGUGAAAAAGGCGUGGAGCCGGAGGACCCGCUGCAGCCUGGGGGACCUGGAGGUGGACUGCCACCCUUUCCCUCACUGCAUCAUCAAGAACUUCCUCAGCAGUGAGACCUUCGUAGAAAACCUGCAGAGAGAACUGCUGGGGCUCAACUUCCACGAGAAGUCAAACGAUCUCUACAAAUUUAAACAGUCAGAUGACUUGAGGAAGAGAACAGAGCCACACAUCACAGGACUGAGGUCAGCACUGUUUGGGCGUUUCCGUUCCUGGCUCAGUGAAGUGUUGGGGGUUGAACUGGAGCCCACAGUGGAUAUUUCUUGUGCCAGAUAUGAAUACACAGAUGUUCUUUUGUGUCAUGAUGACGAAUUGGAGGGAAGGCGCGUUGCUUUCAUUCUGUAUCUUGUGCCUCCAUGGCAGAGCAGCGACGGGGGAACCCUCGAUCUUUACGCAACAGAUGGUAAUUUCCAGCCACAGAGUAUAGUGAAGUCGCUUGUGCCCUCUUGGAACACACUCGUCCUCUUUGAAGUUUCUCCAGUGUCCUUUCACCAAGUGUCCGAAGUUUUGUCACAGGAUAAGUGUCGACUGUCUCUCAGCGGCUGGUUUCACGGACCAUCUCUGGAGCGUCCUCCUCGCCACACGGAACCCCCCGUCCCCAGGAGUCCACACUUACCAAGAGAUGAAACGCUGCUGCUGGAGUGGGUCAAUCCAUUGUACCUGGACAUCUCCUAUCAAGAGCAGAUUCAGGAGGAAUUUGAAGAAAGCUCUGAAAUUCAGCUCAAAGACUUUCUCAAGGAGGAGAAGUUCAGGGAGGUGGGUGAAGCCCUGCGACUCGCUCAGAUUCAGUGGAUGAGGAGAGGUCCGCCCAAUAAGAGAUGCUAUGAAGUGGCUUCUCUGGACACCCUGCCUCAGUGUGUGAGCACAUGCUGGGAGCUGCUUCGCUCAGAGGCUUUCUUCCUGCUCCUUUCCAACUUCACCGGCCUUCGAUUGCACUACCUGUGUCCUGCUGAUGACGACGAUGAGAAUAAAGAUGAGGAGAAAGAGGAGAAGGAGCAAGAAGGGGAUGGAGAAGCCACUGGGUCUUCGACCGAAUCGCCGUCAGCAAAUGCAAGCAGAGAGAAAGAGCUGAGCACACCUGUAUGUUGUGGUGAACUGCGUCGAUGGUCUCAGGGCGGCUACACUCUGUUGCAUGAUGGAGAUGCAGCACGGGCAGAGUACGCUCUGGAUCUUGUUUUACCUUUUGGCUGUGCAGACUGGCAGUCAGAGUUUGGGGGCUUCACGUGUUAUGUUGCUAAUGAAGAGGAUGAGGAGCUUCUGACAGUGUAUCCAGAGGACAACUCCCUUGCCCUCGUCUACAGAGACAAAGAGAGCCUCAAAUUUGUCAAACAUGUCAACCACAAAAGCUGCUCUGAUUCUGCUGGCAGUUCAACCUGCAGAGCAUUUUAUGACUUUUCCUUUGUGUACUAUGAAUAAAUAUCCUUUACAUAUCUAU